AUAAGGCCCAUCGUGGGAAGAUGCAAUGCAUUGCGACCUCGGAACGCCGUUGAAGUCAACAGCUUACGUCAUGGCCCCUUGUGGCUGCUGAGCUUUGUUCACAUUCGCGAGCCGCAAGACUCCCUUUUCGAACAGCAGUGCAGCCAGGCAAGAUGGAGAAAUCCCCUCACCAUGGGCCGGAUGGUGGUCUUCUUCCGCUCACUGAAACGAGAGAUUCCAUACCGACACCUCCCUCGAAUCAGACCCGAGGUGGCUAUGUUGCCUUCCGCCUAUUCCGUCGCAUUCUCGUUGCCCUCUGCCUUUGCUUCGCGUUGUACCUCUAUGUAAGCCGAUCGCCGAUCAGCACAGCCAAGCUGCCAUCCAAUCUCCAAUUUUCAGGGCUUUCUGGCGAUAAUAGCAAUAGUGAUAAACAUAGGCAUGGAACCUCGCUCACGUCGGGGGCGCUAGAUCGAGUGCAUGGCUGUCAUGAAGGCGCAAGUCCAUCAUCCAAUGUCAAGGUCCCCCUAGAAGUCCAUAUAAUGAGCAAAUGUCCGGAUGCUCGCGACUGUCUCCAGCAGCUCGUUGUGCCAGCAAUGGAGAAAGUCGACGACAUCGUUGAUUUCAGGCUGUCAUUUAUUGCCCGCGUAUCCAAUAAAUCUGCCGAGAUAUUUUGCAAGCAUGGACCGACCGAAUGCAUUGGAGAUAUGCUUAUCCUGUGCGCCGCCAAUCUCCCGUUCUCUGCUGGGGAAGAAACAGGCCUGGGCAUUUCCGAAAAGUCCUUGACCCCCACUGUGAGGUCUCUCGGGUUCGCCAACUGUCUUAUAGACUCGUAUGAGCGUAUCCCGGAACGCACGCUGGUUGAGAAUUGCGCAUUAGAGCAUGGGAUUGAUUUCGACGCUUUGAACCGAUGUGCGAGCAAAGAGAACGUCAUUGUCAGUGAUGGUGAUGGCGAUGGUGAUGAUUUGCCUGGUGGUCUGGCGUUGCUGAGGGAGAGUGCCUUGCGUAGCGAGGCUUUGUCGGUGCAGACAAGCUGCACUAUUCGAUUAGACAAGAAGGUCUGGUGUGUGAGAGAUGAUGGUGUAUGGAGGGAUUGUGCCCAGGGAGGAGAAGGGAGCAAGGUGCCUGUGUUUGUUGAGGAAGUGGAGAGGAUUUGGAGGGAGAAGAACCAAUAUGUUUGAUGGUGGAUUGUGCCAUUUGAGGCUAUAUAUGAAGAAAUCUACACUUUUAUACUAUAUAGGGGACAGCCCUGAAAGCAGUGAAUUGGAGCACGACACUAUAUCUUCCUUGGCCUCACCACCCACCAUCUUCUGCACUUUUCAAUAGCUUCCAUCAAUUAUACUCGCCUACAGUGAUCCCCAGAAUUAUGUCUUAGGCCAUUCAUUCCAAAUCUCUGUCGAGCUUGAUUUCUCACUCAGACUUCUUUGCUCCCACACAACGACUUAUACCCCCAGACAACCAUGACGCUCAGCAAAAACCUG